GGAACAAGCUGUAAUGAUCCCAAAGGAGAAGGAAAAUGAAAAACUUCAACAAAGUGAUGCUGAAACAGCUGAAGUCCUCCAAGGUAACAAGGAAAGGAACAAUGUCAAGAAAGUGAAGAGGAACAAGCUGUAAUGAUCCCAAAGGAGAAGGAAAAUGAAAAACUUCAACAAAGUGAUGCUGAAACAGCUGAAGUCCUCCAAGGUAACAAGGAAAAGGAACAAUGUCAAGAAAGUGAAGAGGAACAAGCUGUAAUGAUCCCAAAGGAGAAGGAAAAUGAAAAACUUCAACAAAGUGAUGCUGAAACAGCUGAAGUCCUCCAAGGUAACAAGGAAAAGGAACAAUGUCAAGAAAGUGAAGAGGAACAAGCUGUAAUGAUCCCAAAGGAGAAGGAAAAUGAAAAACUUCAACAAAGUGAUGCUGAAACAGCUGAAGUCCUCCAAGGUAACAAGGAAAAGGAACAAUGUCAAGAAAGUGAUGCUGAAACAGCUGAAGUCCUCCAAGGUAACAAGGAAAAGGAACAAUGUCAAGAAAGUGAAGAGGAACAAGCUGUAAUGAUCCCAAAGGAGAAGGAAAAUGAAAAACUUCAACAAAGUGAUGCUGAAACAGCUGAAGUCCUCCAAGGUAACAAGGAAAAGGAACAAUGUCAAGAAAGUGAAGAGGAACAAGCUGUAAUGAUCCCAAAGGAGAAGGAAAAUGAAAAACUUCAACAAAGUGAUGCUGAAACAGCUGAAGUCCUCCAAGGUAACAAGGAAAAGGAACAAUGUCAAGAAAGUGAAGAGGAACAAGCUGUAAUGAUCCCAAAGGAGAAGGAAAAUGAAAAACUUCAACAAAGUAAUGAGAAUCUAGCCGAAACCUGUCCACAUCACAAGAAAAUUGAUGAACUUCGGGAAAGAUACGAAAAAGAUUUGGAGCAAAUAAGACAUGAACGUGACGAGUACAAGACAAAAUUUGAGGAAUUACAAGCAAGAUACGAAAAGGAUUUGGAGCAAAUAAGACUUGAAUGUGACAAGUACAAGACAAAAUUUGAGCAAUUCCAAGCAAGUGGGUACCUGCUUUUGAUACCGAGGAACCAAUGUGCACCUACUCUUAACAGCUGGAUCCAUUAGAAAGACCAUAUACAAAAUCAUCUGUGUCUCUAUUGCGGAGCAGCCACUCAUAUGAUCAGGAGAUGCCCCGUUCGUCCGCCUCGACCAUUGGUGAGUACCGUCUCAGUUAAUUCCUCAGUAUCCAUAAUUCCUCAUAACAAAGCCCAUUUGGUCGUUAACUCCCAUACUUUCUCCGUACAUGUCCUAGUUGACUCCGGAGCGGCAAGUAACUUAAUCUCCUCCCACUGCAUUAUCAAUAACCAUAUACUUACUGUACCCAACGAAAUACGGUAUAAGAUUACCACCAUCCAGGGUUUACCAUUGGGCGAGGGUAAGAUUACCCAUUAGUCUCCUUGUUCCUUGAUAGUAUCCUUGGUAGACCUUGGCUUAUCCAACACCAUCCUACCAUUGACUGGAGUAACAGAGAAAUAUUGGAAUGGAGUCCGGAAUGUAGAUGUCAUGGGCAUCAUGUAGUUAAGCACAAUGUCGAACCUCCCGCUCACACUAUCCGACUACAUUCCACCACCAUAGAAAGUCCAGAAACCACCAUCCCUGUUCACAUCCCCUCAGUGUACCAC